CGCAUGUGAACAAAAAAGCGAAAAGGUCUUUUUUUGCAAAAAAUUUCGAUAUCUUCCUGUUAAAAAGGUUAAAAUAUGUAAACGUGUUUAAUACACGCUUAAAGUUGCAAAAGUAAUAACACGUUACAAAAUAAGACAAAAUUAAGCUUUUGUCGAGACAAUUAAAAAACUAAAGUAGUGAAUCUGAAACAAAUGCCUAGAAAAUAAUACUGUUUUCAAUUUGCAUUAGAAACAGAAAAUACCAAAUAAUGUAGGACAACAACCAAAACGGCAACACUGAUUACCCCAUACAUAAAAGAAAAUUUUUUCAGGCACAUCAAUUUUACAAUUGAACUUUGAAUUUCGCUUUGGCUUAAUUAGUUUUACCAAGCGAUAAUUGGCGACCAAGUUAUAGAUAAUUAAAGUGCUUCAAACCAAUUAAAAUGCCGCGCGACUACGACAGAGACUACAAUGAGGACACCGCGGCCGACUACAAGCGCAAGCGACGUGAUGAUGAGGCAGCCGGCGCCGGCGGCGCAGCAGACGCUCCCGAAGUAGAUGGCAGCCAUGGGCACACAACUAGCCACGCCCCAUUGCAUGACACGCCACAGCUGAACGAGAAGACAAACGCGUACCUGCAAGAGUGCUUAAUGGAGAAAAAAACACUCGAAAAGAAAAAUGUUAUAACAAAGCGUCUGCUGGACGAUGAAGUGGAGAAAAUCUUGGUCAGUGGUCGCAUUCCUAAGCCAGAGAUAUACGCGAAUGUUUACAGCGAGAAGCCAAUUAGGGUGGCCCAAAAGGUGCUGUUUCCAAUCAAAGAGUAUCCGAAAUUCAAUUUCGUUGGCAAAAUACUGGGGCCCAAGGGCAACACGCUGCGCCAGCUGCAGGAGGAGACCAUGUGCAAAAUGGUCGUUAUGGGCCGCAAUUCGAUGCGGGAUCACGGCAAGGAGGAGGAGCUGCGCAGCUCUGGCAAUCCAAAAUAUGCACACCUCAGCAGAGAUCUGCACGUAGAGAUAUCAACAGUAGCGCCACCAGCUGAGGCAUACCAUCGACUGGGAUAUGCCCUAUGUGAAAUACGUAAAUUCAUGAUACCUGACGCCAACGAUGACAUUCGUCUAGAGCAAUUACGCGAAAUGGACGGCAAGGAGCGCAUGUAUAAGAAAUCUCAUCACUACUCCAAGUCGUAUGGUGAACAUGGCGCCUAUAGCACUCGCACACCACCGCCAGCCACAUCUAAGCCAAAGGUGUAUUCCAUUCUCGAAAAGGCGCGCUAUGUAAUGGACGAUCCCAAUUAUGGGAUUGUUAAAGCUCAUAGGUCCCGGGAUCACGAGCUAUACGAUCAUCAUGGCGAAUACGAUCGAUAUGCGACCCCGCCCCCGCCGCAGACGUCGAAGCAUUCAAGUCAUCACGCCCAGUACGACAGCAGCUCAUAUGAGCGUGACUAUCGUCGGGAAUAUCAUCCGCACUCGUCUUCAUCAUCGUAUGCGGCGGCCUACACAGCAAAACCAAGCAACGGUCGUUCUUCAUCGUCAUAUAGACCAACGACAUCGGGCUCGGGAUCACAUUCAUCGGCACACUAUGAAACUGGAUCACGGUCUCGUGAAAGCGUGCGUUAUCGCUCGGCUCCAUAUCCAAAAAUGCGCUAAUUUAUAUCCAAAUCCAAACCCAAUCAACAAAGUUAAGUAGUUUGUAUCCAUCGACAAGCAAAAAAAAAAAAAAAAACAACAACAACAACAACCAACAACAACAUCAACAAAAUAUCAAAAUAUAUUAAAGUCCAAUAAUCCAACCAAUAAUACAUACACUUACUUAUAAAUGAAAACCAAA